GAAACUAGACGAGAUCCAGCAGUUUAAAGGACGCCACGCUCAGAUUAAAAACCAUCUGAAGCCCUCUCCACAUAUUUAGUUAAUUUUUAUAAAUAUUUUUACCGAACAGGGAGGUCUUUAAACUGCACGGCGGACAGACCAGACCAACACGGACACGACGCAAACCCCAGACACUUAAUAUUUGUUUUUACCAGCUGAACGGACGGAUUUCACACGGAUCAAGGGGGUUAAAUGGAGCGAUAUGAUAAAGUGGAUCUGGACCUGGAGUGCGAAUAUGGAGGAACUGUCGCUCAUAAAGCCUCAUUGUUUGGUGGGAUGUUCAAGAAACCCUCCAAGGCUGCAGAACCAUCCGCCAAAGCACAGGACAGUUUGUCAGUAAACGGCGAGCUCUCGACAAGCAGCGACAGUCUGGCAGAAAUCAACAGCAGCAGCAGUAGUAAGGACAAAGGAGGAAUGUUUAAAGGGAUGUUCAAGAAGACAACUAAAUCAACUAAGGACGAUGAGCCUCAGGAGGCAUCGAUUUCCUCACAACACCCUGAAUUGUCUGUCAGUAGUGACAGCUUAACAGACAAUAAGUCAUCAAAGGAUAAAUCAGGAAUGUUUGGUGGAAUACUGAAGCGGUCGCCCCGACUAGGACACACCCGCAGGCCUUCUCAGGAUCUGCUGGACUUCACAGCCGAUGAAAACCUCUCAGAGAGCACCAACACAAAGGAGGCAUCGAUUUCCUCACAACACCCUGAACUGUCUGUCAGUAGUGACAGCUUAGCAGACAAUAAAUCAUCAAAGGAUAAAUCAGGAAUGUUUGGUGGAAUACUGAAGCGGUCCCCCCGACUAGGACACACCCGCAGGCCUUCUCAGGAUCUGCUGGACUUCACAGCCGAUGAAAACCUCUCAGAGAGCACCAACACCAAGGAGUCAGCCGGGAAGAUGAAAAAGUCUCCCAAAGCCAAUGGAACGAGGGCAGCUUCAAAGGAAGAUUUGACUGCACAAAGCGAGCUCUCGAAAAGCAACGACAGUCUUUCUAAGACCAAAGAGUCAGGAGGGUUUAGUGCAAUCUUUAAAAACCCUUUUGGAGCAAGAGCGCCAUCUCAGGAGGAUGUAUGUGCAGCCGCUGAGCUCCCUGGCAGCAGUGAGAAUCUGUCUGAGAACAACACAAAGGAAAAGGGAUUCUUUAGCGGGAUGUUCAAGAAAAAAGGUGCCAGGUCUCAGUCUCAGGAUGAUUUGUCUGUAGACGAAGAACUCUCAGCCAGCAAUGACAAUCUCACAGAGAAGUCCUCAAAGGGCGGAGUGGCAGCGAAAGUCCUGAAGAACGCUUCGUCACCUCAGGAGAAGGAAAAGACGGAAAACUGUGGAGACCAGAACGAGCUGAGCUCUGCUGCACCGAAGCCUAAAACUAAAAAGGGUGGUUUCAGCGCAAUGAUGAAGAGCACCUUCUACAGUGACAAACAGGAGAAGAACUCUGAGCCUGACGACGAGGAAUCAUCAGAGGGAGAGGGAGACGGUCAGCCCAAUCACAAACAGAGUAAGCUGGCUGGGGCAAUGACAAAGCUGAAUCCAUUUAAAGCGGCACAAAAACAUGAAAAGCCGCCAGGAUCUGACGAUGAAGAUCAAACAGUGAGCAGCGAGAAGCCAUCAACCCACAAACAGAGCGCCAUGGUUGAAGCCAUGUCCAAACUGAAUCCAUUCCGCUCUGCAGCUAAAAAGGACACUGAAGACACAGAGACCCCAGAGGAGAAUAGGAAACAAUCGGAAAAGAAGCCAGAUCUGGUCAAGAGAAAUCUGAUCCAGCCGGAAAGGAAAGAAAAGGGUGAAACGCCGCCAAUCCUACGCAGACCGAGAGCAGAGGAGAUGAAGGCAACGUCCAUGCAUGAAAAAGAAAGACAACGAAGACCAGAGGAGAAGGAAAAACUCCCUGUAGAGAAAAAAGGAAAACGCUCAGAAACUCCCAUAGUUCCACCCAGACCAUCAGAGGAGGAGAUGAACAGAACUGUUAGGAAGAAAGACAACCAACAGAGAAGCCAAUCAGGAGACGAAGGCAACAAAAAUGAAUCAAAUGUGACCGACGACGACGAAAAGCACAAUUCACAGAACAAACCAGUUAAAGUAAAAAAACACAAGCAUCAACUGUAUAUGCCACAAGUUGGAUUCAAGGCCGCAUCUGAUGAUGAAGGGCUGAAAGAUGAUGAGUCCUUACCCAAAGAGGAAAAGAAAGAGGAGGACAAAGACCAGCCAGAGAAGCCCAAAGUCAAGAAGCCAAAGAAACCCAAUCCUUUCAUGCAGCGGCUCAGGGCUGCAUCUGAUGAUGAAGGGCUGAAAGAUGAAGAGGAGGAAAAUAAAGAUGCUGAGGACAAGGAGAAUCCAGAGAAGCCCAAAGUCAUGAAGCCAAAGAGGCACAAUCCUUUCAUGCAGCGGUUUAGGGGUGCAUCUGAUGAUGAAGGGCUGAAAGAUGAAGAGGAGGAAGAUAAAGACGUUGAGGACAAGGAGAAACCAGAGAAGCCCAAAGUCAUGAAGCCAAAGAAACACAAUCAUUUCAUGCACUGGGCCAAGGCUGCAUCUGAUGAUGAAGGGCUGAAUGAUGAAGAGGAGGAAAUUAAAGAUGUUGAGGACAAGGAGAAACCAGAGAAGCCCAAAGUCAAGAAGCCAAAGCAGCACAAUCCUUUCCUGUCUCGGCUCAGGGCUGCGUCGGAUGAUGAAGGAUUGAAAGAUGAGGACGAGUCGUCAUCCAAAGAAGAAAUUAAAGAUGAGAACAAGGACAAGCAAGAGAAGCCCAAAGUCAAGAAGCCAAAGCAACGCAACCCUUUCAUGCCUCGGAACAGGGCUACAUCUGAUGAUGAGGGGCUGAAGGAUGAAGAGGACUCCUCAUCCAAAGAGGAAAUAAAAGAAGACGAGGAGAAGGAAAUUAUUGAGAAGCCCAAAGUCAAAAAACCGAAGAAACACAAUCCUUUUAUGCCUCGGGUGAAGCCCAAAGUCAUUCAGAGGAGCAAAGAUGGAGCUGCUGGAGAGAAUGAAGAACCCCAAAGAUCUUUAUUUGACCAGCUGGAGGAUUUCCGUAUUGAGCCCUCGCGGCCCGAGGACAGUCAGGAAGUGGAAGAUCUCAUGGACUGGUGGAACACGGUUGAAUCCUGGGAGGACACGCCUCAAGAUGACGACAUGACCGAAAAGGAAGAGGCCAAGGCGUUUGCUGUGACCGCAGAGAAGGUCCAGAAGGGUAUCCGAGUCUUCAACAAGCUGUUCUCUGAGCGCGCCGAGAGCCUCUGGCAGCACGUCAUUGACCUCAACGCCAUCGCCGACGGUCUGGACAAGUUCACAAAGAAGACGAAGAUCGCUCAGAUCACGGGCGGCUCCACCAGCGCCAUCGGCGGCGUCGCCACCAUCACGGGCCUCGCCCUGGCGCCGGUCACGAUGGGAACCUCCCUGAUCGUCACGGCUGUGGGUUUGGGCGUUGCCACGGCGGGGGGGUUAACGUCGGCCGGCGCCGGCAUCUCCAACCAGGUCAACAACUCUAUGGACCGCAAGAAGGUGGAGAAGAUCGUGGAGGACUACCAGGACAAGAUCGCUGACCUCAACAAGUGCCUGAAGUUCAUCAAACAGGGAAUAGAAAACCUGCGCAGGUUCGACCUGCUCAAGAUGAAGAAAAGCGCGUACAACCAGGACUUCCCGGCGCUCACCAGUCAGUUUUACGAGGACGGCGCCAUGGCGGGGAAGGCCAUCCUCAUCAACGCCAACGAGAUCAUGCGUGUGGUGCAGAUCGCCAAUGUGGCAGGCAGCACAGCAGCCAGAGCGGUCCAGAUCGCCAGCAUGGCCACCGGCGUGCUCACGGGGCUCUUUGUCGCUAUGGACAUCUACUUCGUGGCUAAAGACUCUAAAGAGCUGAAGAAAGGAGCGAAAUCGGACUUUGCGGCCAAAAUCCGAGAGGUGGCCACACAGCUGCACGACGGCCUGGUGGAGCUCAACACCAUACGAGAGGAGCUGCAGUCCACCGCGCCAGAUGACAACAGGGAGGGCGACGUCAAAGAGACGGAGCGCGAAAAGAACGAGAAAUACGACGAAAGUUCAGAGGACGAGAUCGACCGCAUUAAGAAAGCAUUAAAAAAGGACCUUGAGAACAAAGAAUACGUUUGACUUCUGCAGACUCUCUUGAACUUUGCUGCAAAGAUUUUAGCAGGACUCUUCGUACUUUCUGGACAUAUUUAAUUCAUACUGCUGCUGUUUGCUCUGCUGUCUCCUUUUGAGGAGGCAUUCAAACUGAAACUGACUCCUUUUUAAUCUGAACAUGCACACUACAUGUGUAGGAAGUAACCUGAAGCUGUGGUUUAGAGUUUGUUACAAAUCGGAAAGUUGUGCCAUUGUGUGAAGCUGCCAUUAGUUUCGGGAAGAGAGAUUUGUAGAUGAAUUGGGUAGCGAUAUUUUUUUUAUGUAUUUUUUAAAGGUGCAGCAAAUAUUUUUAGAGCUUAAAGUUUCACAUAGGUUUAUGAUUUCCUGCGUUGAACAAUGAGUGCCUUUUUGUUUCAUUAUGCCUUAAAAAUAUAUUGAGAAAGUACAGAUAUCAAGUUUGCUUCACUCUAAAAUUAAACUGAGGAUCAAGUUGAAGAUGUUUCACUGUAAACAGUAGUUACAAUCAGUGAAUUUAAUUUUUUUUAGUUGUGUGAUGGAUAUGAUUCUGGAUUGGAUUAGUAGAGUCUGUGAAUAAUCCAGGUUAAGGCUUGAUAAUGACCUUUUUGCUGGUUUUUGCAGCAUUGUUGUCCAUUACAAUAACUGCAACUCUUUAUUUUACCCGUUUCACUGUCCAGUGUUGCAUUUUGGGGCCAAAACUCUGCAGAGAAGAAGUCACGUGUUGUUUCUUUACCAACAGAGGUCAUAAAUUCAGCCGCCAAUCAUUUAACACACACAUUUUUUAUUUUUAUGCACUUUUUUUUAAAUGUGAUUGAAAGCCUAAACUUUCUACACCCUUUGUUUAGUCUAAUCCACAUUCUUUGCUGCUUUUUACGUAGCAACUGACGACUGUACGUUUAUGAACAGUGUUUUCAUCUCAACUAAAAUUUCUUAAUCCAAACUUUUUUUUAUGUAACAACCUUUAGGAUUAUGAAUGUUGAUGGUUUCCUUUUACCAAAUUCAAGCCUGCUGUGCCUGUGGGAUUUUAUUUUUAUUUUUUUACGUAUGACAAAUCAGUCUGAUUUAGCAGUUUUUAAAUUGAUUCACUGCAGAAUUUUAUCCAAGCUAAUUUUGUACAUGCACCAUGUCAGGUGAGCAAAUGGUGAUAUUUUCCUAGAGGUAGACUGUUACUGCAGAGUUAAAGGUCUUCUUUGGGUUGUGUUUGUGCUCUGUUGGAAACAAAUUUUUAUUUAUUGGUCUUUGUACUGUAAAGACUAGAUAAGUGAGACUUUUAUGUGCAAUAUACUGUCCAUGUAAGUUUAAAUAAAGUUUUAUCAUAAAAUGAGUAA